AUGGGGUCUCUGAGAAACGAGCGCAAGUUUUCCAUCCCGGAGAAGUACCGGGACUCUCUGGAAAUUUCUGAUUUCGUUGAUACAAGAUCCGAAGACGAGAUCCUCAAGCAACUCCGUCAACAUGUCCCUGUCACAUCUGAGAAAAACAUAUGGGCCUUUUGGGACACCGGUCUGAUGAACACACCCCUUUGGGCCCGGCGCAACGUGGUUGACUGGGUCCGGAUCUGCGGGCCGGAUUGGACUGUCCGUGUUCUGGACAACGUACCGGAGUCGCCGAACUAUGUUCUCAAGUAUCUUCCUGCCGACCUCUUUCCUGAUGCUUUCGUCGAUCGUACGAUGAAAGGACCAUGGGCUGGGCAGCAUAGUGCAGACUUCAUACGAGGUGCCGCUCUGUACACUUACGGCGGCGCAUGCAUGGACGUGGGCAGCAUAUUGAUCCGUCACAUUGACCGCAUUUGCUGGGACGAACUCGUCAACCCCAACACACCUUACCAGAUUGCCCUUCCGCUCAUUUACGACCAAGUGUGGGCAAAUCACUUCAUUGCUGCGCGGAAAGGAGAUCCUUUCACCAAGCUCUGGCAUGACCUGAUCAUCCACAUUUGGACCGGGCGCAAGGAGUCUUCCGGCAUGCUGAGCCAUCCUCUGCUCGAGUUCGCCAAGGACGAGACUUUUGAAGUUGUAGACAAUGCGAACCUUACCUGGGAUUGGAAGGUCUCUCCUCAGACUGCCAUGGAGUACAUCUGGCAGGUUCUGGCAUGGGUUCGGCUGUGCCUCACCAGCGACGCAGGAGAUGGUUUCUCAGGGACCGACUAUUGGUGCGACAAAGUGCUCGUCUUCGAUACCGUCUGCGAAGACUGGCCUGGUGAGAUGAUCCUCGGGUUUGCCGGGAGUGGCCAAAAACUACUGGACAUCUUGGCUAUGCCCGUUGAUGGCGAGCGACACUACUUGGAGUCUGAGCAGUACAAGUUGGCUGAGGAGGUGGUGUGGACUAUCUUGACAAGUGCCAGCCUGCAGAAAGUUACACGCGCAAAAGGGUUGACUCACUCACCUCACCUCGGCACUCUAUGGGACUUGCCAGAGAAUAUUGGCAAAGACCAGGCUGCAGGCACUUUUGCAGACUUGCUCCGCUAUGGAAGUGUUCAUUUCCGGCAGACAAGAGAGACCAUUGCAACUCUUGAACCCCCAAGACCCAUUGACGAUAACAUGCUCAAUAAGGGUCUUUUUGAAGUGUAG